AUGGCUUGGGAGCUCAAAAAAGGUGGUGAAAAUUAUAUCUUUGUUUAUGUUAGUGGUGGAUAUGUUAUUUUAGGAUCAAGAGAUAGAACAAUCCAAAGUUCAGCUGAAUAUUGCUCAAUUGAAGAUUUCAUCAUUAAAGGACAAUUACAACAACCAAUCGUUCAAGAAUUUGGUGAGAAAACAUUCAAAGAGAUUUAUGACAAAGUAGCAAGAGUUCAUCAACAAAGAAAUCAAAAAACUACAGCACCUCAAUCUUCCUAA